AUGUAAGAAAACAUUUCUGCUUCUUAAUAAACCUCCUUCGAUAAGAGAAGAACUCAAAGUAAGAACAAAUUAGAACCUCUUGCCAAUAAUAAUCACAUUCCUAUGAUUCGUUAACAGAGAGAUAACUAUCUAAGUCUCGAAAUAGCAGCAGAUAACCUGCUUUAAAUCGAUGGAGAUACCAUUUAAAGAAAAGACACCAGUGAUAGCAAUUAAGAUAAGAAAAAUAGUAGCUAAAAUAGAAUUUAAAAUCUGGAUCAAAUUUAAACACCCUCAAACUAGAGACUGUUAGGUUAUGAAUUCAAUGAUGACAACUUAUUGAAUGAAAGCAUUAACAAUGAAAAUGGUCCUAUCAAUAAUAGUGGAGUACAAAAUCUCAGUGGCUCUCAAAGAGGUCUCUUUGUUGAUUACUCUGAUUAAUCUAUUGGAGCGAAUGAAAAAGAUCAAUCGCAUAUUAUGAAAGAUGAGCAAGUCUAACUUAAUAAAAAAUAACGAAAUCUACUUCUACAAGAUAUGUAUUCAAAGAGAAAGACGACUACUCCUUAAGAUAUUUGA